GUACAUGUGGACGGUUUGGCGCAAUUUUAGCGGGUAAGUUGUAAAACGUCGUGUACAUAAACUUUCUGGUACUGGCGUAAACGUGUGACUUGUUGAAGAGAGAGCGUUCGUUCGUGAGAUUAGAGAAAACAAAACGGAUACUUGAUUGUGCUGGACACAAUGAUGAAGGUUCUUGUUCAGAUGAUUGCAGUCAGCCUUUGCUGUGAACUGACGUUUACAGCUCGAUUAUUAAAAGUUGCCAACCCACUCCGAGAAAACUAUAUAGUGGUGAUGAAGGGCAAGCACGUUGACGUUGACAGUGUGGAGACCAGACUUGUUUCAUCAACCAAGGUUAAAAUCAAUGGAAAGAUCAAAGGUAAAGGAAAAAUGAAAGCAUUGAGAAUUGAGAUUCCAGAUGAUGAUCCUGAAAGUCUCGAAAAGCUUCUUCAAGAUCCAGCAAUAGAUUAUGUAGAAGAAGACGGCGUGGUUACUCCGGAUAACUGGGGACUGGAUGAAAUAGACCUCACCCCUGGUAAUGGGAUAUAUGAUCCACCAGGUGAUGGGUCAGGGAAAACGGUAUAUAUCAUCGAUAGUGGAAUAUAUCCUAAGCACAAAGACUGGGACACGUCGCCUAAAUUAUUAUCAAACCACGUUACGGGCAAGAAGAAAUUGGGCGACUGUUAUGGACAUGGCACACAUGUAGCAGGGAUUGUGGGAAGUAAGACUUACGGUGUAGCGAAAAAGGCCCAGCUUAGUGCUGUAGUGGUAUUCGACUGUGACGGCAGCGGUACUUGGGGGAGGGUUAUAUCUGGUUUGAAUACAAUUGUAAACGAAGGGGUACCUGAUUCAAUUAUCAAUCUGUCUCUAGCCGGGUCGUAUGCUCAAGCAGUCGUUGAUGCCCUUGCUGACGCCAACGAUGCCGGUUUUCUCAUUGUUACCGCUGCAGGUAACGCUAAUGUCGACGGGUGUACCAUGCUGCCAGCCAACAGUACUGACGUGAUUGCAGUCGGCGCCACUAUGAGUGAUGGUUACGUAUGGCCUGGAUCUAACUACGGCCCGUGUGUUGAUAUGUACGCACCGGGAGCAGGUAUUUUAAGUCUAGAUAUUCAGAACCCGUCAUCAACUACAGUGAAGACUGGCACUUCUAUGGCAUCACCAGAAGUCGCUGGAGAUGGCUCUGGUAAAACUGUUUACAUUAUUGACAGUGGGAUAUACGAGAAGCAUAAACAGUGGAAUAUAGAUCCAACAGAACUCAUUGACUGCGUCGAUGGAAAUUUGAGAGUUACCGAUUGUUUUGGUCAUGGAACUCACGUAGCUGGGAUCGUUGGUAGUAACAGCCAUGGGGUAGCGACAAAAGUACAGUUGAGCUCCGUGCGGAUAUUUGACUGUCAAGGCGCCGGUACAUGGGGAAGGGUGAUAACAGGUUUAAGUGAGAUUGUUAGCAAUGGGGUGAGCUCCUCCAUCAUCAAUUUGUCGCUUUCUGGAGGGUAUUCACAGGCAGCAGCCGAUGCCCUGGAAGCAGCGAACGCUGCUGGCUUCUUACUAGUAGCCUCUGCUGGCAAUGGACAUAAUGAUGCGUGUACAGUUUUACCUGCAAGUAGUCUUGAUGUAUUAACCGUUGGUGCAACCUGCGAAAAUGGCUCUGUGUGGUAUUAUUCUAAUUAUGGGGAGUGCGUCAAUAUUUUUGCUCCUGGUGUUCAGAUUGAGAAUCUUGACAAUAGAAAUCCACAGUCUCUGACCGUUCGAUCUGGAACAUCGAUGGCGGCACCUAUGGUAGCCGGCAUUGCUGCAGUGAUAUGGGCAAACAAUCCGAGCUACACAAACGUUGAAGUGAAGAAUGCCAUCUUGAACCGUGGAACUGUUGGUAUUAUUGAUGAACUAGAUUCGGCGUCUAUCAAUCUGUUCGCACGUCUUUAA